AUGGAAGCAUUGAAAUGUCCCUAUGAUGGUCAUUGUGAAAUAAAUAUAAAUAAUCGUCAUAUAUGUUCUCAUUGUCGAUUGGUCAAAUGUUUAAAUAGUGGAAUGCAAGUUGAGAUGAUUCAACCUUCAUUUGCAAAAAGAAAUAAACCAAAUCGAAAACAAAAAUCAAUAAAAGAUUCAAAACAAAUAACAUCAACAGCUUUACGUAGAUUAAAUGAACCUGAACAAUUUCCUACUUUGAAUCUUUUACGAUCAGAUCAAUCGACAUUAACUGUUGAUCAAUGGAAUUUACUCUCAAAUAUAUCACAUUGUUAUGAUGCAUAUAGUGGAUUAUCAAUAGGUGAACGUUUCAUGCUUGAACAAAAUAAUUUACCAUUUAAAAUACGUUUUAAACAAGGACCAAUAGUGAACUUUGUUGGAAUGAUAUUAGAUAAAUGUCAAUCAUUGUAUACAAAUAAUCAAGAUUUUCUCUCUUUAUCUGCAGAUGAUCGUUCAAUUUUAUUGCAUAAUUUAUUUAAACAUACAGGAAGUCUUUGUGCAAAUUUUAUCGGUUAUAAAAUUCAUUUAUUUGAUUGUCCGGCUUACUUCAAUACUCUUGAAAUAAUUACUCAUCCAGAUGUAUUACCUGCUGCUAAACGUAUAGCAAAGCGACUUAAUUUUGAUAUAAUUAUUAUGAAAUUAUUUCUUGCUAUUCUUUCAUUUUCGACAACUCGUUAUACAGUCUAUUUAAAAACUUCUCCAGACAAUUUAUCAAAUAUCAAACAAAUCUUAUGUAUUCAAGAUAUAUAUAUUGAAAUGGCAUGGCGAUAUUUAGUUUACAGAUAUAAUUUUGAACAAGCUGUUAUAUGUUUUUCUGAUCUUAUUAGAGGUUACUUUGCUGUUGACGAAGCUGUUGUUAAAACGCAAGAAGUUCAAUGGCUAACAGAUACAAUUUCAUCGGUUGUUACCCAAACCGAACAAACUCUAACUCUCAAUUAA